AUGAUAAAUAGUGCCGUUGAAGAGGUAACUUCCUUAUCUAUCUAUCUAUCUAUCUAUCUAUCUAUCUAUCUAUCUAUUCUUUCUUUCAUAUCUAUCUAUCUAUCUAUCUAUCUAUCUAUCUCAGUCCUUUCAUCUAUCUAUCUAUCUAUCUAUCUAUCUAUCUAUCUAUCUCAGUCCUUUCAUAUUAUCUAUCUAUCUAUCUAUCAGUCUUUUCAUAUCUAUCUAUCUAUCUAUCUAUCUCAGUCUUUUUUCAUAUCUAUCUAUCUAUCUUUUUCAUAUAUCUAUCUAUCUAUCUAUCUCAGUCUUUUCAUAUCUAUCUAUCUAUCUAUCUAUCUCAGUCUUUUCAUAUCUAUCUAUCUAUCUAUCUAUCUAUCUAUCUAUCUAUCUAUCUAUCUAUAUACUAUUUGUUUACUAUUUCGUUUUAGUAUUGGAUAUAAUACUUUUUGCUGUCUAAAUUUCUAA